CACCCGGAUGUGGCGAAAAUGUUUGGCGCUCCUCUCAGGGUCCGCUGCGCUAGGGAAACAUCUCAUGAUUCAGGCUGACGGCUCGGCUCGGGCUCGCGCGUCGACCGCACCUCCGGACGGUGUCUCCAGCUAUGAGUUGGGUUUAAAGCGGAUUGUUUCAAUGUGGAUGCGAGGAUGCAAGAAGCAGAUGAACAGUGUGGAGGGGCACAGUAUGCCAGCAACAAAACGACCACUCCCUCCACUGCCUCGGCCCUCUGGUCAGAAAGCAACACCCGCCUGCACCAGCUCCAUCCACCAGAGCAACUGCAGGCUCCGGCCAGCACCGGCAAGCCAGUCGGCACCUCUUAUGGCCUCCUUGGGGUUAACAGUGGCAAUCAGGGUCACGUUGGCACUGACACCAGUGUCAGCCCAGUCCUCGCUUGGCACGCCGCCAUUAGCGCGGCUCGCCAAGCACAGGGCGACUCUGCAAACCCUGACACGGACUCACGGCCCUCAGUUUGCACCACUGGUCCAGCUCCUGUAGGCUCACUGGCGCAGAGGAAGAGGCAGCAGUAUGCCAAAAGCAAAAAACAAGGAGGAUCUACCAACAGCAGGCCACCCAGAGCUCUGUUCUGCCUCACCCUCAACAACCCGAUCCGCCGGGCCUGCAUCAGCCUGGUGGAGUGGAAACCAUUUGAUAUCUUUAUACUGCUGUCUAUCUUUGCCAACUGUGUGGCCUUAGCCAUCUACAUCCCCUUCCCUGGAGAUGACUCCAAUUCUACCAACCAAGAACUGGAAACAGUAGAGUAUGCCUUCCUCAUCAUUUUCACCAUAGAGACAUUUCUGAAGAUUAUUGCCUACGGCCUGGUCAUGCACCAAAACUCCUACGUCAGAAACGGCUGGAACAUGCUGGACUUUGUCAUUGUCAUUGUGGGGUUGUUCAGUGUUGUUCUGGAAAUGAUAACCAAAGACGCUGACUCUGGUGGACAGUCUGGAGGCAAACCUGGGGGGUUUGACGUCAAGGCCCUCCGAGCCUUCCGCGUGCUUCGACCCCUUCGCCUUGUCUCCGGAGUUCCCAGUUUACAGGUGGUUUUAAACUCCAUUAUUAAAGCCAUGGUUCCCCUGCUUCACAUCGCUCUGCUCGUCCUCUUCGUCAUCAUAAUCUACGCCAUCAUUGGCCUGGAACUCUUCAUCGGCAAAAUGCAUGCCACAUGCUAUGUGAUACAAACAGGUGUCCUCUCUGAAGAAGAGCCCACACCAUGUGCGGUAUCAGGGCACGGCCGUCACUGCAUGUUCAACGGUACAGUUUGCAGAGAGGGCUGGCAGGGCCCCAACAACGGCAUCACCAACUUCGACAAUUUUUUGUUUGCCAUGCUCACCGUGUUCCAGUGCAUCACCAUGGAGGGCUGGACUGACGUUCUCUACUGGAUGAAUGAUGCAAUGGGCUUUGAGCUGCCUUGGGUUUACUUUGUCAGUCUGGUCAUCUUUGGAUCCUUCUUUGUCCUCAACUUGGUCCUUGGAGUGUUAAGUGGAGAGUUUUCCAAAGAGCGAGAGAAGGCCAAGGCUCGGGGAGACUUCCAAAAGCUCCGUGAGAAGCAGCAGUUGGAGGAAGACCUAAAGGGCUACCUGGACUGGAUUACCCAGGCAGAGGACAUCGACCCUGAGAACGAGGAAGAAGGAGACGAGGAGGGCAAGCGUAACCGGGUCACGCUGGCUGACCUCACUCAGAAGAAGAAAGGGAAGUUUGGCUGGUUCACCCAGUCCACAGAGACACAGGCGAGCAUGCCCACCAGUGAGACGGAGUCGGUGAACACAGACAAUCACAAUGGAGAGGAGGACAAAUCACCGUGUUGUGGACCACUGUGUCGUCAGUCGCGGCGUUGGAACCGGUUCUGCCGCAGAAAGUGCCGUGUAGCGGUGAAAUCAGUGACGUUUUAUUGGCUGGUCAUCAUCUUGGUGUUCCUCAACACUCUCACCAUCGCCUCUGAGCACUACAACCAGCCCGACUGGCUGACUGAAGUACAGGACAUAGCCAACAAGGUCCUCCUGGCCAUGUUCACCAUGGAGAUGCUGGUGAAGAUGUACAGUCUGGGGCUGCAGGCGUACUUCGUGUCCCUGUUUAACCGCUUUGACUGUUUCGUGGUGUGCGGAGGCAUCGUAGAGACCAUCCUGGUGGAGCUGGCCAUCAUGUCUCCUUUGGGCAUCUCGGUUUUCCGCUGCGUACGCCUGCUCAGGAUCUUCAAAGUUACUCGUCACUGGGCAUCUCUCAGUAACCUGGUGGCCUCUCUGCUCAACUCCAUGAAGUCCAUUGCCUCCCUGUUGCUGCUGCUCUUCCUCUUCAUCAUCAUUUUCUCGCUGCUCGGCAUGCAGCUCUUUGGGGGCAAGUUCAACUUUGACGAGACAGUGACCAAGAGGAGCACGUUUGAUAAUUUCCCCCAGGCUCUGCUCACCGUGUUCCAGAUCUUAACAGGAGAAGACUGGAACACAGUGAUGUAUGAUGGUAUCAUGGCGUACGGUGGUCCUUCCUCCUCUGGAAUGGUGGUCUGCAUUUACUUCAUCAUCCUCUUCAUCUGUGGAAACUACAUCCUACUGAACGUCUUCUUGGCCAUCGCCGUCGACAACCUGGCAGACGCAGAGAGCCUCAACACAGCACAGAAGGAGGAAGAGGAGGCCAAGAAGAGGAAGAACAGUGCCAAGGAUACAAGCACAGAGAACAAUAGAGUGGAAAUAACAGAAGCCAGUGAUGGUGAGACCAAGAUGCCAGCAGACGCCAUGCUAGAAGAAGACAAAGAGUUGUAUCCUGCCAUCGACUUGCCAGUGUGUAAAGUGGAUCAUGAUAAUGAACACCUUCCAGAAGCACUGCCUGGACCCCGCCCCCAGAGGCUCUCUGAACUCACUAUCAAGGAGAAGACUCCGCCCAUCCCGGAGGGCAGCGCCUUCUUCAUCUUCAGCAGCAAAAACCUGUUUCGUGUGUUCUGCCAUAAGCUGAUCAACCAUCAGAUCUUUACCAACCUCAUCCUGGUCUUCAUCAUGCUCAGUUCUGUCUCUCUGGCUGCCGAGGACCCCAUACGCAACUUCUCUGCUCGCAACAUUAUACUUGGUUAUUUUGACUAUGCUUUCACCGCAAUCUUUACUGUUGAGAUCCUGUUGAAGAUGACGGCAUUCGGAGCGUUCCUUCAUAAAGGAGCUUUCUGUAGAAACUACUUCAACCUUUUAGACCUGCUGGUCGUUGGUGUGUCUCUGGUGUCAUUCGGCAUUCAGUCCUCUGCUAUCUCCGUAGUGAAGAUUCUCCGUGUCCUCAGAGUCCUCCGUCCACUCAGGGCCAUCAACAGAGCCAAGGGACUCAAGCACGUGGUCCAGUGUGUGUUUGUGGCGAUCAGGACCAUCGGCAAUAUCAUGAUCGUCACCACCCUGCUGCAGUUUAUGUUCGCUUGUAUCGGUGUACAGCUCUUUAAGGGGAAAUUUUAUCGAUGCACAGACGAUGCAAAGUCCAGCCCGGAGGAGUGCAAGGGUACGUACAUUCUGUACAACAAUGGGGACACGGCGAUAAACACGGCGAUGCCCAUGGUGAAGGAGAGGAUCUGGCACAACAGUGACUUCAACUUUGACAAUGUCCUCAUGGCCAUGAUGGCACUCUUCACCGUCUCCACCUUUGAAGGAUGGCCCACACUGUUGUACAAGGCCAUCGACUCCAAUAAAGAGAACAUGGGUCCCAUCUACAACUACCGCAUUGAGAUCUCCAUCUUCUUCAUCAUCUACAUCAUCAUCAUUGCCUUCUUCAUGAUGAACAUCUUUGUUGGUUUCGUUAUCGUCACCUUCCAGGAGCAGGGGGAGAAGGAGUACAAGAACUGUGAGCUGGACAAGAACCAGCGUCAGUGUGUGGAAUACGCUCUUAAAGCUCGUCCUCUGCGACGCUACAUCCCCAAAAACCCAUACCAGUACAAGUUCUGGUAUGUGGUCAACUCCACUGGGUUUGAAUACGUCAUGUUUGUCCUGAUCAUCCUCAACACCUUGUGUCUGUCUAUACAGCACCAUGGUCAGUCUCAUCUAUUUAAUUACGCCAUGGACGUCCUCAACAUGGUCUUUACUGGAGUUUUCACUGUGGAGAUGAUCCUCAAGCUCAUCGCCUUCAAACCCAGAGGCUAUGUCGGGGACGCCUGGAAUGUCUUCGACGCCCUGGUGGUGGUUGGCAGUGUUGUCGACAUCAUACUCAGCCAGAACUAUUUUGCUGAUGCAUGGAACACGUUUGAUGCCUUGAUUGUUGUGGGUAGCGUGGUUGACAUUGCCAUCACUGAGAUCAAUUCGGCAGCCAUUCCUGUCGUCAAGGUGAUAGUGGAGCCAGGGAACACAGAGGACAGUGCUCGCAUCUCCAUCACCUUCUUCCGCCUGUUCAGAGUGAUGCGAUUGGUCAAACUGCUGAGCAGAGGGGAGGGCAUCAGGACUCUGCUGUGGACCUUCAUCAAGUCUUUCCAGGCUCUUCCCUAUGUUGCACUCCUGAUCGCCAUGUUGUUCUUCAUAUAUGCUGUAAUAGGAAUGCAGGUGUUUGGUAAAAUAGCCAUGGUGGAUGGAACACAAAUCAACCGCAACAACAACUUUCAAACUUUUCCUCAAGCUGUCCUGAUGCUCUUCAGGUGUGCUACAGGUGAAGCCUGGCAGGAGAUCAUGCUGGCCUGUCUGCCUGGGAAGCUGUGUGACCCGGAGUCCGACUACAACCCCGGAGAGGAGAGAACCUGCGGCAGCGGUUUUGCCAUUAUCUACUUCAUCAGCUUCUACAUGCUCUGUGCUUUCCUGAUCAUCAAUUUAUUCGUGGCUGUCAUCAUGGAUAACUUUGACUAUCUGACCCGUGAUUGGUCUAUUCUGGGACCGCAUCACCUGGAUGAGUUUAAACGGAUCUGGUCUGAAUACGAUCCUGAAGCCAAGGGCCGGAUAAAGCAUCUCGACGUGGUGACUCUGCUGAGGAGGAUCCAGCCUCCGCUGGGCUUUGGCAAGCUCUGCCCACACAGAGUGGCCUGUAAGCGUCUGGUGGCGAUGAACAUGCCCCUGAACAGUGACGGGACUGUCAUGUUUAACGCCACCUUGUUUGCUCUGGUCCGCACUGCUCUCAAGAUUAAGACUGAGGGAAAUCUGGAGCAAGCCAAUGAGGAGCUCAGAGCUGUGAUCAAAAAAAUCUGGAAGAGGACCAGCAUGAAGCUGCUGGACCAAGUCGUUCCCCCAGCAGGCGAUGACGAGGUAACAGUGGGGAAGUUCUAUGCCACCUUCCUGAUACAGGACUACUUCAGGAAAUUCAAGAGGCGCAAAGAGCAAGGUCUUGUGGGAAGGCCCUCGUGGGAGAGGCUGAACACCACCAUGGCUCUACAAGCCGGUCUGCGCACGCUGCAUGACAUGGGACCAGAGAUCCGUCGAGCCAUAUCAUGUGACCUGCAGGAGGAAGGGCUAGUAGAUGCUAAUGGAGAGGAAGAGGAGGAAGUCUACAGGCGUAAUGGCAGUUUGUUUGGAAACCACGUCAACCAUGUCAGUGGCGAUCAGCACGGCUCCUCUCAGCCGACCACCGUCACGCAACGGCCGCUCCAGAUCCUGACCUUCUCCUGCAGCUCCUCCACUGAGCCCACCCGGACUGGCAGGAGAGCCACCAGCAAUGACAGGGAGGGAGAGACAGGGAUGAACUCCUCCCCCAACCAGUACAAUCACCACUAUCAUCCCCCUCAUCCUCAUAAUUCCCCUCAUUGUAAUUCCACCCACAAUCAAUCGCCAAUACCCUCCAAUGCCAACCUCAACAAUGCCAACGUGCCCUCGCUUCUCCCCAUGACCAGUGUGAGGCAACAGAAGUCUUUAAAACGAGAGCGCCCGUCCUCCACCAAAAAUGGGUCCUCGGCAUCCACUCACAGCAAAGGAGCACGUGACAAGACUGUGAGGUCACAUACCACCAGGACGCGCUACUAUGAGGCCUACAUUAGGCCAGAAAGUGGUGGUGGACUUUACCCCACCAUUUGUCGAGAGGAGCCGGGCCGUGUGGACAGCGAUGAGGAUCGGGGCUCAGGGGAGUACUUCAGUGGAGAGGAGUUUCACGAGGACGACAUCAUGCUCACAAGAGACAGGCUCCACAACAAGGAUCGACAUGAUGAUGCAGAGGCCGACUUGGAUCCCGAGGUUGCCGGGGGCAACAACCAGUCUGAUGAUCAACAACUGAUCCACCAAGACAACAGGCGGUCACCAAGGAGAUGGUUCUUACCCUCGCCUCAAGCCUCCAACAAACCAACGUUUAGUUUUGAGUGUCUCCGCAGAAGAAGCAGUCUUGACGAUGCCCCUCAUUCUCCGUCCUGCACAGCUCUUCCACUGCACCUGGUGCAGCAACAGGUGAUGGCGGUGGCCGGGCUUGAUCCCAGAAUUCACCGUCUGUCUCCGACCAGGUCUCUGCGAUCCUGGGCCACGCCUCCUGCUUCACCCAUCAGCCUCAACUUCUCGCCCAGCUACACGCCGCUCAUACAGGUGGACUGGCGCAGUCCUGGCAGCAUCAGCAGCCUCCCUGGAGCAGUGAAGAGGAGUUCAUGGUACACAGACGGCCUGGAUGGUCCUCCCAGUCGCAGCCAGUCCCCGUCCCGUCUGCAGCUACCUCCAGAGAGCUGCUCCCACUUCCUGCAGAAGAGAGGGAGUGCCAACAGUCUGGUGGAGUCUGUGUUGAUCUCUGAGGGUCUGGGGAAGUACGCCAAGGACCCCAAGUUUGUCUCAGCGACCAAACACGAGAUCGCAGACGCCUGCGAGAUGACCAUCGACGAGAUGGAGAGCGCCGCCAGUAACCUCCUGAAUGGGAGUGUGAACGAUGACACCAUCGGGGGAACGGGUAACGUCGGCUCGGACCCACAAGCCACCGCACAUCUUAGAGACCACAGCCUCCGUGACUACAGCGACGAGGAGCCGUACGUGGCUGUGAAAUGUGAAGAGGACCUGAAAGACGAGAUGAUAUGCAUCACGUCGCUAUAGCAGCGGCUCACACGGGAAAAUGUAGUUUUUUUCAAUUGAACUUCUACUGCUGUUUUACUCUGAGGGGACGUCUCUGGUCAAGUGCGUCCCGGACUAGACAGCAAAUGUAAAACACGGACGAACAAGAGAACAAAGUGCCUUGUUUUCUCUUUCUGAAAAUUGAAAUGCCACAGGGAUGAGAAGAAGUGGAAAACUGAGAUGAAUUCAGAAAAUGGUGAAACCGGCGGGGGAGGCCCCGCCUCUUAAACAGCAAGAGUUCAUGCCUCUCUUUUCUUUUCAAAGCAGCAGAGCAACUCGGCAGCCUCGCGAAGCCAGCUCCAUGCACGCCAAGUUAGAUUUCACAACAACACUCAAACUAAAAUGUCAAACUAAAUGUCAAACUUUUAGCUUCAGGUUGAGGGUGUAACCAAAGAUGUUUAGUGAACAAUGUCUGGAUACUGCGCCUGUUAUUGUUCUGCUGCAAGGCUGUGACUCCCACACAGCCUACUCAGCACCCAAUGAGGCAAUACAACAGAUGGUUAGUGUUAGGGCUUUAAGCACUUAGUGUCUGUGUGAAAUAAGAUUGAAUCAGAAACAGAUUUUUUACGCAAAUGAAAAGUUCAGACCAUCUCCCCUAGCUCUCCAGUUGGGAUGUUAGAAGCAAACACCAGUGACAAUGAGUGGCGUGAAGGGAACAGGCUUGAGCUGGCUUUGCCAAGUUGCAGUGGGCUUGCUUCAAAAUGGCAGUUUGGGGAUUCCCAGAUUCCCAUUUGUUUCACUUCAUGUAUAUAUUUUGUGUGAUUCUAACCUGUCACUGGUCACAGUAACAGACACAGUUUUUGAUCUGCUGCUCUGUCUUUUACAGUUUGGCCUCCACGACUCAGAUGGCGUCAUAAAAACAUAUAUAGUCCAUAUUUAUAUGUCGGUUUAUUUUCAUCUCAGAGCAGAGUGGCUGCAGAUCAGGCCGAUCCAAAGACUUUCCAGCCUGUGAAUCUGCAUUUCACGCUUUUUUUCAGGGUUAAACGUUGCUCGACUCUGUUUUUCUGACUUGAAAAGGAAAUCACAUAUCAACGACAAAGACUCUGUCCUCAGGCAUAUCCUUCUGUCUCACGUGUACGCUCAUAAGACACACAGAGAAACACACUGCCAAUCCUUGCCCCCUUCAACAACACUGAUGCUAAAUCUUUACACACUUUACAUUUUUUGACAUUCCUACUCCUUUAACCACCAUGAAACAAAGACAGCUGAAGAUGUUGUUACAAUGUCAUUAGCUUUAUUGAAAACCUUGAGGAACGACCUCACUCAGAAUAUGCAGAGAUUCACGUUAGUCACAGCUGCUUUGGACCAGGGGUAACUUACCUUUCUGAGAUUGACAACUACCUGAAUAUGUAGGGCUACUUGUUAUAUAUAAUGUCCCAGAAUAAUAGCUUUUACCUAAACCAGUGCGCUGUGGUUGUGUAACGCGUGUCACCUGCAAACUGUAGAUAUUUAAAACUCCCUUUUCUGUGUUUGUUAAUCAGGUAUUUUAUUAAGAACUAAAUUGGCCUUUUGCUUUUUACUUUUUACCACACAAACACAGACAGUGUUGUUGUGAACUCGACUCCCCUUCAGCUAUUUGGUCACUGGACGUGUGAUGUCACGUCAAGGUAAAUCAAAGUUAAAUGUUAUAAAUCUUCAAUUAAUACAACUUUUAAAAAGGGUUAUUAAGAAUAGAUGGGACCCAAAACAAGUUAUGCUAUUUUAGUCUGUGCUCUCCUGGUGAUGCUAUUUUUAGAACUGCCUAGUGGGCGUGUCACACAAGCAAGAUGACACAGAGGAGAAUCUCCCGUCUUGGUUGCAAAACAACAGUAUCAUCUGACAUCGGUCCAGAUUGACUUCUGCCUCGGGACUGAUACAGAACAGAUGACACAGGGAUUCCCCCUCUCUGUCGCAAAACAACAGUAUCAUCUGACGUCAGUCCUGAGUCACUUCCACCUCCACAGCUGGAAAGUUUAUCGCCCAUGAAUUGGUUUCCUCUUCUGAGCAGGUGUGACAGUUUUCUCAGGCAAGUAGGCACUUGUUUCAGGAUGAGUCAGACGUGCACCACAACACUGACACAUGAAACAUCACAACAGACAGGAAAACUAUACAAUUUUUUUUAUUUACCGACAAUAUAUAAAUGCAGUACACUGUUUAUGGGUGUGUAGAGUGUUUUUUUUUUUUUUUUUUUUAAUGAAAUGAUUGAUGGUGUCACAUUUUAUUUGUAGUAUUCCUUUUUGUUCUGAGCGAGUUAGAGUGCACGAGAUGUCCGAAACAGCUGCUUCUCUGAAGAGAGAUACGACGACACAAGCUGCUCGUGGAUAGAAACAAACAAAUCAACACUUUAGAGAAGCAACACAUUCCACCCGCUGCUCUGCACGGUCGCUCCACCACAGGACAGUGUUUGUGAACCAUUGCCACCUAUAACAAUGUCUUCAGGUCAACUUUUAAAAGCCAGCGCUGGGUUGUGGCAGCACUGGUCUCUUGUUUUCCCCCUUUAUCUACACACUGUUGUCAGGGCGACAAGUUCAAUCUGUGCAAUCAAAGGGCUCCUUCAAAGUAAAAGCAAACCAGCGGAAUAUUGAGUCAUUUACACGCACAUCAAAAUUGAAAUGUAGAAAGAUUGCUGUUGGCUGUUGAUAUAAACAACGGCCAGAUGAAUCUAACCUGGAACAGGAUCUGAGCUGGUUUCUCAAACACUCCUCACACGUACUGUAAAUAAAUCCCCUUCUUCUGCUUUCAUCACAGGUUUGAAUGGCCAACACUAAAUACGACUUAUGCAUUAUCUAGCUGCAUGUAAAAUAUGUUUAAUUGAGAUUUUACCAAACAUUAAUGUUAUUACCUCUGCACCAAUCCAGGUGUGUUGGUCAACGUGUCAGGGAAACAGUGAGGUGAUGCAUUUACACAAGAUGAAGAAAAUGUGACGUCUAGUUUCAUUAAGAUUUCAAACAUUUUAGCUGUAAACUUCUCGGAAUGGCCACCUCAGAUAUGUGUGGGAGACAGACUCAGACUAGUGAAGAGGAACACAGAGCAGCAUCUGGAGUUUACAACCUAUCACUGUUUCCUCUGAACUACAUUCCCCUGCUUGUCAGUCGGACAUGUUUUCCUCAGAAUGGCACAGACCUCCGGACAGCGGUCAACAACGUGAGUGUCCGGGACUUUAAGCAGAAACAUCAAAGAAAUAGGAUGUGGUCCGAUUUUUCGUUAUCGCCACAAAACAGGCCUAAAGAUAGAGGGAAAAAGUUUGAGGGAAAUCUGUUUCGUAUUUAUUUAUUUUGUAUCCUGCUGACAAAUACACAAAUAAUCACAGUGAAAACCUUGAAUCCUUGGUGGAGGUGAUAAGAAGUUAACUGCCAGGUGUUCCAUUAAAUAUUAGUCUUUCGAUGUAAUCGCUAAUUGUUUUCUUGUAAACGUCACUAUUUGAAUCAAAAUCUAAAUGGCCAGGCCGAUAUAAACAAACAUCACAGUUCACCUGUCAGGAACUCAGAGAAACCAGAAUAAUAAUGUGCAGUUUACAAACACUACAACUACACACACACACACACACACACAUACACACACACACACACUUGUCCAACUUCAAGACUUUUAUCACAUGACAAAAAACACAAAAUCUUGUUGUGCAACUGACAGCUUUAUUUUUUUGUACUGCUCGAAUAUUUUGCAGGUCGAUUAUGACACGACAACGAUGAUGUGUAAAAUCUGUACAGUUGUUUGUAAAAAGUCAGUGAUGAACUUGAAGAUUUCUGCUUUCUACCCAAUUGUUGUAUGAAAAUUAAAUAACAAUCAUAGCUCUG